GUACCCUCCUGAUGAUUGGCUCCAUGUGUUCGCUGAUGGUUUGACAGAAGAUGUUAUAAAAAACUCCAGUGCUGGAGCAUAUUCAAGUACUUUCAGUAUUAGCUAUCCUGCUGAGAAAUACUGUGACAAUGUUGAUGGACAGAUAGCAACAAUAUCAUUUGCAACUGAUAAAUUGAGAUACAGUCCUGAUCCCAAUUUUGUGUUUCUCAUUGAUUCUCAGACUGCUAUAUUGAAUUCUAGAGAAAACUUCGCCCUCCAGUGGAUUCUGACGCAUUGUGGCAGGCUGAUAAGACUUGCUAAAGCUAGUUCUCUGAUGACUCAGCCUGAUUCUCUUCUGCCUUUGCAUGACAUUAAAAUGAUUGCAAACAAUAAAAUUAAGAAUAAUAGAAUGUCCUUGUACAGCGAUGCAGCUGUGGAUAAGAGGCAGACUUAUGAGGACAGACUGAAAAAAUCCCAGAGUUCAUCUUUUUUCCCUAAAACAUUAGAGACAAGAGUAUUGCGUAAUGAUUUUGCACGUUAUAAUGUCGAUGUUGAUGAUAUAGAAAAUAUGGAAUGUGAUGAGUAUGGAUGGAAAAUUAUUCGGGGUGAUGUUUUCCGUUUUCCUCCCUACAGAAGUUUAUUUUGUGCCAUAUUAGGUGUAGGCGUUCAGUUUCUUUCAAUAGCUUUAGGUCUAGUUGUAAUGGCAUUGCUUGAUUUAUUUAAUGUCCAUAACCAUGGAACAAUGAAUGCUAUAGCUUUUCUUCUGUAUGCCUUUACAUCAGUUGUUGCUGGUUAUGUUUCUGCAUCUAUGUAUAAGCAAAUGGGAGGAAAACUAUGGGUUUGGAACAUAAAUCUCACAUCAUUUUUAUUUUCAGGUCCAUUUUUUAUAAUUUGGAGCAUUCAGAAUAGUAUAGCUUGGGCAUAUAGUUCAACACAAGCACUUCCUUUCACAACUAUUUUAUUACUCUUAGCAGUCUGGCUGUGUGUUGGCUAUCCUCUUUGUAUCAUGGGAGGUAUUCUUGGUAGGAAUUUGGCUGGAAACUUUGACAUGCCUGGCAGAACUAAACAUAUACCUCGAGAAAUACCACCUGUUAAUUGGUAUCAUUCUCCACCAGCUCAUUGUGCUAUAGGUGGAUUUUUACCCUUUAGGUACAGUUUAAUGCUGUUUUUCUUUUAUAAUAUUUUAGUUUAA